CUAAUAAUAAGUUUAGAAUAGUCUUGUUUAAAUUAUUUUUUUUCUAAUCUAAAUCUACUGACUUUAUUAAAUAUUUUCUUAUUUUCUUUCUUUUGUGUUCACUUGAAUAUUUUUCUCUGCAAAUUGAUAAAAAAGGUGUCUGACUUUAUCAUCAGGUAUCUGACUUUUACUAGUGACUCACCUCGGUAAAUUUAAAAACUAUGAAAAAUUAAAUAACACGUCGUUCCGAUUCUAUACCGGUGUCGGCCAACAUCAUCAGUCACGUGAUCAUUAUUGAUACGCUGUCAUCAAGACACACUUUUUACUUCCACAUUACUCGUUUUUUGUAAUUUUUUCAUUACCUGCUGAUGACUGUUAGAGUAUAUUUCUCUGCCACGAUUCAUUUUUUGACACUUUCAAGUUCAAUUUAAUAAAACAUAUUACAAGUUUCUGUGAUCUUAAAUAUUGUAAACCCACAGCCUCACUAUGGGAAUCAAAUUUCUCGAGGUUAUAAAACCUUUCUGUAGUAUUUUACCAGAAAUAGCAAAACCACAAAGAAAGAUUCAAUUUAGAGAAAAAUUAUUAUGGACUGCAAUUACGCUUUUCAUUUUUUUGGUGUGCUGCCAGAUACCACUUUUUGGCAUUAUGUCUUCAGACAGCGCAGAUCCUUUCUACUGGAUUCGUGUAAUUCUUGCAUCAAAUAGAGGUACAUUGAUGGAGCUUGGUAUUUCACCAAUAGUUACAUCAGGAUUGAUAAUGCAACUGUUGGCUGGUGCUAAACUCAUUGAGGUUGGUGAUACACCAAAAGAUCGUGCACUCUUUAAUGGAGCUCAAAAAUUAUUUGGAAUGAUAAUAACUGUUGGUCAAGCAAUUGUUUAUGUCAUGACUGGCAUGUAUGGUGAUCCAUCUGAAAUUGGAGCUGGAGUCUGUCUUCUUAUUAUUAUUCAAUUAUUCGUAGCAGGUCUUAUUGUUCUUUUACUUGAUGAACUCUUACAAAAAGGCUAUGGUCUUGGCAGUGGUAUUUCUCUCUUCAUUGCCACCAAUAUUUGUGAGACAAUUGUUUGGAAAACAUUCUCACCUGCAACAGUUAAUACUGGACGUGGUACUGAAUUUGAAGGAUCAGUAAUUGCUCUAUUCCAUCUUCUUGGAACAAGACAAGACAAAGUUAGAGCACUCAGAGAAGCAUUCUAUCGUCAAAAUUUACCAAAUCUUAUGAAUCUCUUGGCUACCAUUCUCGUUUUCGCUGUGGUUAUUUACUUCCAGGGCUUCCGUGUUGAUCUACCAAUAAAAUCAACAAGAUAUCGUGGCCAAUACAGCAGCUAUCCAAUUAAAUUAUUUUAUACAAGCAACAUCCCUAUUAUUCUUCAAUCAGCUCUUGUUUCCAAUUUAUACGUCAUUUCCCAGAUGUUGGCUAUCAAAUUUCAUGGCAACAUAUUGAUUAAUCUUCUUGGCGUUUGGUCAGAUGUUGGAGGUGGUGGUCCAGCAAGAUCUUAUCCUGUUGGUGGUUUAUGUUAUUACCUUUCACCACCAGAGUCACUUGGACAUAUUGCUCAAGAUCCAAUUCAUGCAAUUCUUUAUAUUGUCUUUAUGUUGGGAUCCUGUGCUUUCUUCUCAAAAACUUGGAUUGAUGUUUCUGGCAGUUCUGCCAAAGAUGUUGCAAAACAAUUGAAAGAACAACAAAUGGUAAUGAGAGGUCAUCGUGACAAUUCCAUGAUUCACGAACUUAACCGUUACAUUCCAACUGCCGCUGCUUUUGGUGGUCUUUGUAUUGGAGCACUCUCAGUACUUGCUGAUUUUAUGGGAGCCAUUGGCUCAGGUACUGGAAUUCUUCUUGCAGUUACCAUUAUAUAUCAAUACUUUGAAAUAUUUGUUAAAGAACAAAAUGAAAUGGGUGGCAUGGGAACGCUACUUUUUUAAAUAAAAACUUUUUAAUAAAAUUAAAAGUGAUUGUUUUCAUAAAUUUAGAAUAAAAGUGCGUAUUUGUAUGUUAUUUAUAACGAUGAACAUGAGAGUUAAAAACAAAUUAAAAAAAAGCUCAGUGUAAAAAAAAAAAAAAA